AAUGGUAAUGUCUAUAGUAAUCAUUUUGGUAAGGCAACUAAAAUGAAGCACAUAAUUCUCUGUAUUCAUUUCCUUCUGAUGGUUGUAGGCUUAGGCCAGGCCCAAGACUGUUCGGUUGCUCCAGAUAUGAGAGUGAACUGUGGGUAUCCAACUGUUACCGAGGCUGACUGUAGAGCAAUAGGAUGCUGCUUUGAUUCCAGUAUCCUUAACACUAAAUGGUGCUUCUAUAAUGCAACAGCAGGUCCAAUCAAGAAACUCGAAUGCAGUGGGGAUCCUACUAAGAGAAUAGACUGCGGAUUCCCAAGAAUAACAGAGAAACAAUGCAUUCUAAGAGGAUGCUGUUUUGAUUCCAGUAUUUCCGGUGUUAAAUGGUGCUACGCACGUACAGUUAUAACAACUCCAGCACCAGAUACAACUACAGCUUCAACAACUGCAGAAACAACUACAGUUCCAACAACUCCAGAAACAACUACAGCUUCAACAACUGCAGAAACAACUACAGUUCCAACAACUCCAGGUAUACUGUUUACCUUAUUUAUUUUUACUAAUUGCUCAACAUGUAUUUGUAUCGAUAACCAUUUUGAUUUAAUCAUGGGUCUAGAUACUACACCACCAACACCACCACCAACACCAGAAACAACUACAGAAACAACUACAGCUCCACCACCAACAGAAUGUGCAGCUGACAGAGUGGACUGUGGAUACGGUGGGAUUACCCAGGAAGAGUGCGAAGGAAAAGGCUGCAUCUUCGAUUCCACUAUCCCUGAAACAAAAUGGUGCUUCUAUACAGUGGCAGAAGCUCCAGCUAGGAAAGCAGAAUGUACAGUGGACCCCAGUGUAAGAAUUGACUGUGGAUACCCAGGGAUUACAGACAAAGACUGCAGGGAGAAGGGUUGCUGUUAUGAUGAAUGUAUUCCUGACGUUACAUGGUGCUUCGAAAAAGCAGUUCCUGUUUCGACUUAGUUAAAUAUGAAAGCAACACAGGCACCUUAAUUGAUGGGAUACACAGAGAUAUCAUCAGAUCACAGAAAUUUACAAGUUUUGAUUUCAAAUGGAAUAUAUAAUCAAGGAUGUGUGUUGAUUAACUCCCAAUAAAACAGUUCUGCAUA